AUGCUCGACUUGAACACACUUGAUGGAUCGACUUGGGAUGUCGUGAUAUCGGGCACUGGCCUUCCCCAGGCUUUACUGGCACUUGCCUUGUCACGAUCCGGCAAGAAGAUCCUCCAUAUAGACAAGAAUGACUAUUAUGGCGGCUCUGAAGCUGCAUUUAGCCUGCAGGAAGCAGAAGAAUGGGUGAAAAAGAUUAAUGAGGUGCCUAAAUCUAUGCCCUUCGAAUCUGCAUCCAUAUCACGGCCUGCUGUUUCGGAUGGUGAAGGGAACCAACUAUCGUUCUCACGUGCAUAUACACUAUCUCUAUCGCCUCAGCUGCUAUUUUCUCAGUCCAGGUUUCUCCCGUCAUUGGUAUCCUCACGGGUCUAUCGUCAGCUCGAGUUUCAGGCUGUAGGGAGUUGGUGGGUAUAUCAGCACGGCACUGGUUCCGAAACCGACUCCCAGCCAGCUACACUACGGCGCGUACCUAGCAGCCGCGAAGAUGUGUUUACUGAUGAGACCAUGAGCAUGAAAUCGAAGCGGUCUUUAAUGAAGCUUCUCAGACAACUCAUGCAACAGGGUAAUGACCAGGAUACUGAGAUAGGGCCAGAGGUAGACCCAAACAUGCAGUUUCAGGACCUGCUAGAGACCAAAUAUCGCAUUCCCAGCGAUUUGUUCGAUCCGCUGCUCUCGCUUUCUCUUUCAUUCAAGAGUAUUGACACAACCAAUGCUGUGGACGCUAUUCCAAAUAUCAAAAGGCAUCUUGCCUCCAUUGGGGUAUUUGGUCCUGGUUUCGGUGCCGUUCUUGCUAAAUGGGGAGGUGGAGCAGAGUUUUCCCAGGCUGCUUGCCGUGCCUGUGCUGUUGGCGGUGGUAUCUAUGCCCUUGGUAGGGAAAUCAAGGAUGUGGAUGUGAUAACUGAGGGAAGCGAAGGCGAGAAUCUGCAUAUUUACCUCACGGACGACGAGUCUGUAAAAAGUAGAUAUGUCGUUGGAUCCAGAUGGGAUAUCCCGGAACAGAUACAACGCGAAAGGGUACAUCCCUAUUCCCGCCUUAUGCGAGCUAUUAUGGUUGUCAAUUCUUCAUUGGAGAUGCUCUUUCCACCGACAUCAGAAAACGGACCCAUACCAGCUGGCGCAGUUGUUACUAUCCCAUCAGCAAUGUCUGACCCUCCUACAUAUCUCUUGGUACACUCAAGUGAUACUGGAGAAUGCCCUGCUAACCAAUGUAUAAUUUAUGGCUAUGUCCUGCUGCCCGCUGAAAGAGGUCAGGCUGUCCUUCAAAGCGCAGUGGACAACCUUUUGAAAUCUUUAGAUGCGAAAGCAAAGGUAAUUUGGUGCGCUUAUUUCACCCAACUGGUGCGCCCAGAGCUUGAAAGUGGCGCAGAUGAGAACCUAAGAGGGUCGCACGAUAACAUCUUCUCUUUCCCGGCCCCGGCACUUGACUUAGCCUUUGACGAUGGUUUAAUCGAUCAGGUUAAGCAGGUAUGGAAAGUCAUAAUGGCUGAUGAAGCUGAUGAAGAUAACUUCUUGAAAUUUGAUGAUCGAGAAGGUAUGAUUGACGAAGAGGAAGUAAGUGAGGCUAUGUAACUGUUUGAAUGUUACAAAUACCCUAAUAUACAUCCUGAAAUAUUAUUUAAGAUAAUAUAAAGUCCAUCAGAU